AUGAAGCUUAAAAUUAUUAGAUUGUAUGAUGAAGGUGUAAUUCAAGCUGAAAUAGGCCGAAAGCUAGGCUUCACUAGGACCACAAUUAACACAGUCAUGAAGAACAGAGAAAAAAUUGUUGCAGAAGUUAAAAGUGCUACACCUGUUAACACCACAACAAUUCAAAAAAGGGAUAGCAUUGUUGCAGACAUGGAGAGACUCCUAAUACUUUGGAUAGAAAAUCAGACAACACGCCAUGUUCCUGUAAACCAGGCAAUUAUACAAAGUAAAGCCUUAAGCUUAUUCAAUGACCUGAAGACUAAGAAAGGUGAAGCAGCAAAGGAUGCUGAAUUUGUUGCAAGCCGUGGAUGGUUUGAUAGGUUUAAGAAGAGGUCUAAUCUACAUAACAUCAAAGUACAAGGAGAGGCAGCUGCUGCAGAUACUGAGGCUGCAGAAAGCUAUCCAAGUGAAUUUGCAAAAAUUAUUGAAGAUGGAGGCUACUCCAUGGAUCAAAUUUUUAAUGUGGAUGAGACUGGUCUAUUCUGGAAGAAGAUGCCUGCAAGAACCUUCAUUGCAAGACAGGAAAAAUCAAUGCCAGGCUACAAGCCAGCUAAAGAUAGAAUAACCCUUCUGUUAGGUGGCAAUGCUUCUGGUACCUUAAAGCUAAAGCCUUUGUUUAUUUACCGUUUUCAAAAUCCAAGAGCUUUGAAGAACUACGUUAAAACUAGACUUCCAGUGCAUUGGAGGGCAAAUAAAAAAGCAUGGCCCAUGGAUCAAUGUGUCAUAGCUGCCUUCAAGUUAAACUACUUAAAAAGAACAUUCAGUAAGUGUAUUGCAGCAAUAGACAAAGAAGAAGGUGCAGGGCAAGAAGUCCUAUUGAAAUUCUGGAAAAGCUACAACAUCUUGGAUUGCAUUAAAACUGUAAGAGAUGCUUGGAAUGACAUAAAGGAUACCACAAUGAAAAGGGCCUGGAAAAAGUUAUGCCCACAGUUAGCUGAUGAUUCUGAAGGCGUUGAUGAUUUUGUAGCUAAUGCUACUGAAAAUAUUGUAGAGAUGGCAAGGCAGUUAGAGCUGGAAGUAGAGCCAGAAGAUGUUGCUGAACUGCUUUCGACCCAUACUGAGCCCCUCAGCAAUGAAGAUCUUCUAGAACUUGAAGAGGAGAGAGAAGAAGAAGAAGAUGUGCAAAAUGGGGUUGAGACCAUUGAACAGCCUGAAGGCUUAACUUAA